AUGAAUGUCAAGGAGCUGCUUAACAUGGAUCCCAGUGAUGAACAGUGGACAAAGAUGUGGGAGAGCCUGUGGGAUUCCAACUGGAACUUGGAUGAGAAACCACCAGCUUUUAUCAUCGACCAACAGGUUCGCCAUGGCAUAGUAGCGGUGCUAUCGCUCGCUCAUAUUGAGGAGGAAAAGCUUAGGCUUGCUCGAGAGGAACUUAAUGCGCGCACCUGGAUUGUCCAAUCGGUAGACUUGUUGAUUCGGAUCAUGGACGAUAUUCAUUCCCUGUUUAAAUAUCAAUGGCAACUCCGCCUAAAGUCAUUACUCAAAUGCCGUGAUACGAUCGUGAACAGAUCGUUUCCUCAUGUCAAUCUAUGGCAUGCAUCACUGCACUAUCUGCUAGCAAACCUAGAACGUCCAGACUCUGUCAGGGGACGACUCCCGGGUCCCCAUGACCCUCCCCUAUGGCCCACAGCCUCGGGUCUGGCCAGCCCUAUCCAGGGCACAAUCCUACUUGGCCACAAUAUCAGCAAAACUUCCGGGGAUACCCGGAAGUCACAUGAAGGAGUAGAACCGGGCCCGGAGCAUGCGGCGCGCGGAGCGUGCGCGCAUGCGGGAAGCGCGGUGGGUGGAAGCGGGUCCGGACACGGGUCCGGGUCCGGGCUAGUCAGGGUGUGUGCCCUGACAGACUCCCAAGCUGCACUGAGUACCGUGGAGUAUUCUUCUUUCCACCUUCCCCCCCCCGGUUCUGCCACUCUGGCCUCAGGAACCAACGGCAUAGACCCCGAAGAUGAUUCUCAAGUUAGAAAUGAGCUAAGCGCACUUGAUGGACUUAUCAGGAUGAGCCCAGAGCUGGGUGUAGCUGAUGACGAUGAGCAUGUUGAGCCCUACCUGUCUACCGACAGUGGCAGUGGCCCAGGCGAUACUCUCGGCCCUGAGAUGCCGACAAUGGACCCCACAGACAAUGUCGAAACACAUGCUGAGCCUCUUACCGACUUGGUCCCUCCUAGUGGGUUCGGAGAUGUGGAUAGUCCCAGCUGUGACGAGGAUAUUGAGGAGAGGUUCUGGAAUGAGAACCCUCGUCCCCAAAGCCUUCCUCCAAUUAGAACAAUCUUCGAUGCCAUCCACUCACCCACCCAGUCUACCCAACAACAAAAGCCAACAAAAAUCUGGAAGGAAAUAACGGAGUUGCAUUUACCUCAAGAGACUGAAAAAAUAGUGAACGACAGCAAGACCAGAGACAAAGCAAGAUAUUACAAACAUAUUGCGAUCUUCCCUGAUGCACUACCAACAGUCAAUCGCUGGUGGCUGAUACAUGGAGCAAUAAUCGAUGCCUAUGUUGAGAUGCUGAAAGACCUUACAGACGAAAAGCUGUGGGACAUACUCAAGACCACUCAUCCCUGUGUGAUUAUGUUUCCUACCCAGUGUGAAGGAAUGAGACAUUGUAUGGCAGUUCACCUGUUGGAUCGAGCGACAAAGAAAGUCCGAACCGAUCUUUUCGAUGCAACCAGUUGGACGAUUCCGUGUUACUCAAGGAGGCAUGGUCACUGGCUGCUCGGUGUUGUCAACUUCGAACAACGAGAGCUGUGCUAUCUUGACAGCAUACCUCUACAACAAAGCGCCCAUAUCAAUCGCCACGGUCCACAGUGGGUGUUUACAAUACUUCGAGGCCUAGUUAAUGCCAUCUGGUUGUUCAUUCACCCUGAUGAUGAGCAUGGAUACAACUGGUCCAAUUGGUCCACCAGAGUAAUCACUAUGGAACAGUGCCAAUGGAACGGGUAUGAUUGUGGGGUUUGGACCAUGGCUGACAUUCAAGCUAUACACAUCGGGCUCGAUGCUGCACCGAAAGACACGAACAUCGAUGAUUUUCGGGAUAGGGUGAAACACCAAAUCCUUUCUAUUCCUCUGUUAACACCGAGCUGGCAGCCUACCUGGAGAACCCUAAAUCCUGACCUUAUUUGUGAACUGCGGUGCCGAGCCGCUAAAGUGGCCGCAAACUUUCCUGUUGAUUAUGCCCAGCUUGGAAUUGAUCAUACGGACGUUCCUUUAGUGUUAGAUAAUGAACAGGAAAAAAUAGAUUUAACUGACUAG